AUGGGUUUUCGUGUACUGAUGAAUUCCAUAGACUGGGAGCAAGAAUCUUACCCCAAGUACGAGGAUUUCGUUGCGCUUUCCUUCUUCGCUCUGUUUUUCCCUACCGUUCGAUUUUUGCUCGACAGAUUCAUCUUUGAGAAAGUUGGAAGGCGACUAUUAUACGGAACGUGUACUCAAUUGGUGAAAAACGAAACAGAUGAACAAAAGAAGAAGAUGAGGAAGUUCAAAGAGUCCGCAUGGAAAUGCAUCUAUUAUCUUUCUGCUGAGAUAUUUGCACUUGCAGUGACAUUCAACGAGCCUUGGUUCAGAAAUACUAAAUAUUUCUGGGUGGGGCCCGGAGAUCAAGCCUGGCCUGACCAAACAUACAAGCUGAAACUGAAGGGCCUCUAUAUGUUUGCUGGUGGAUUCUAUAUAUACUCCAUAUUUGCUCUGAUAUUUUGGGAAACUAGACGCUCGGAUUUUGGGGUCUCUAUGGGCCACCACGUGGCAACAUUCAUUCUCAUUGUCUUAUCAUAUGUAUUCAGUUAUGAAGUUAUUCAGUACUUGGAUAAGGAGAAACACAAAAUCGAUGGACCAAUCUAUUACUACGUUUUCAAUUUCCUUCUUUUCUCGUUACUCGUUCUCCAUGUAUAUUGGUGGGUUUUGAUGUACCGAAUGCUUGUCAAGCAAAUCCAAGCAAGAGGGCAUGUCAGUGAAGAUGUUAGGUCCGAUUCUGAGGAUGAAGAUGAGCACGAGGAUUAG